CACGGCGGUUCCAGCCUACGGUCCCGUCUUAAAAACCACAGCGCGAAGAGGGGAAAAACUUCUCCGAAACUUCAGUUCUGCUCUCGACAGUUUCUCAGACGGAGUUUAAAAAAAAAAUCCAAGUGGAUACCUUUAGACCAACAAACAGACCAAAAAAAAAACCAAAACAUUGUCAGAAGUAACUUUUACAACGAUUUUUUUUUUACGUCUGUGUGUUAGUCACUCUGGCGACUGGCUUUUGUUUUUCCCCGCAAAGUUUUAACUCGUUACAUCAACGCGAGGAACAAAGUGGCGAAAACGUACAUUUCACGUUUGCCGCCUUGUGGCUUUCAUUCGUUUCAGUUCGGGAUUUUAUUUGUAAUUGUAAUUGUUAGAGGCCCAAGGCGGUCUGUCCACGAAAAUCAGUGUUUGAGCUAGUUUAGUCGGGCAGUUCGCUAACUUGUCCGCUUCAAAGAGGCGAAGUUACUGAGCCAGUCAGCGACGGCGCGUCUCCAUGAGGAAACCCAACGCGGGAAUCCAAGUUCUCCUUUAACCGCAGCUAAAUUAUAUUGCUUGUUGUGGCUCCCUCAUAGCUUUCAGUAGUUUCGCACAGCAAUGAAGACGACUGCCGCGUUCACUGUUUGCAUAUAUGCCGUGAUUUUCGCCUCCGUCGCGGCUGAGCAAAAGUCAAAGAACUGCAAUGAAGUCCGCACCGCUUACAGUUCCAAGGGCUUCAACAUCAACGACGUCCCCAAUAAAGGCAUACACGCAGCCCAUCUGAAGGUUUGUCCUCAAGGCUUCUCGUGCUGCACUCUGGAGAUGGAGGAGAAGUUGAGCCAGCAGAGUCGCACAGACCUGAAGGCCCCCGUCUCUCAGCUGAGCGCCAACCUGCAGAGCACCUUCACCCAGAGACACCAACACUUUGACAAGUUCUUCAAAGAACUGCUCAGCAACGCCGAGAAGUCGCUGAACGACAUGUUUGUGCGCACUUACGGCAUGAUGUACGUGAAGAACGCUGAGCUCUUCAAGCACUUAUUCUACAACCUGCGGCGCUACUACACGUCGGGUGCCACCGCCGUGCACCUGGACGCCGUGCUGGCCGACUUCUGGGCCGAGCUGCUGGAGCGCAUGUUCCGCCUGGUCAACGUGCAGUACGAGUUCAGCGACUCCUACAUGGAGUGUGUGAGCCGGCACACGGAGCAACUGAAGCCAUUUGGCGACGUGCCGCGCAAGCUCCGCCUGCAGCUCACGCGUGCCUUUGUGGCGGCGCGCACGUUCACCCUCGGCCUGGCGCUCAUUCCCGACGUGGCCAGCAAGGUCUCCGCGGUGAGCGCCUCGCCGAGCUGCGUGCGGGCGGCCAUGAAGAUGCUCUACUGUCCCUACUGCACCGGACAGGUGGCGUUGAAGCCCUGCAAAAACUACUGCCUCAACGUGAUGCGCGGUUGCCUGGCCAACCAGGCCGAUCUGGACACAGAGUGGAACAACUUCCUGGAUGCCAUGUUGAGUCUUGCUGAGAGACUGGAGGGGCCGUUUAACUUUGAGUCCGUGAUAGACCCCAUAGAUGUAAAGAUCUCUGAUGCCAUCAUGAACAUGCAGGAGAACAGCAUGCAAGUCUCCCAGAAGGUGUUCCAGGGCUGUGGGCCGCCCAAAGCCACAGCGCGUUCCCGACGCUCCACAAAAGACUCUGGUUUCCCGGGCCGAUUCCGGCCCUACAGCCCUGACGCCAGACCCACCACCGCAGCUGGCACCAACAUGGACCGACUGGUGACAGACGUGAAGAAGAAGCUGAAACACGCCAAGAAGUUCUGGUCCACCUUGCCAGACACGGUGUGUGCUGGAGACAGGGUUGCCCAGGGCGAUGAGUGCUGGAACGGCACUGCCAAGAGCAGGUACGAGUCCGUAGUCCUGGGUAACGGCUUGGCCAACCAGGUCUCCAAUCCUCAUGUAGAAGUGGACAUCACCAAGCCAGACGUCCUGAUUCGCAGACAGAUCACCGUGCUGAGAGAAAUGACCAGCUGGCUGAAAGCCGCCCACAGCGGAAAUGACAUCACGACCGACAGCGAGGAGGGCAGCGGAGACGAGAGCGGCAGUGGCUGUGACUCGCCCUCCUGCGACACCGACAAGGACAUUUACUUUUCCACCACCACCCCCGUGAGGUCCCGUGUCGGCAAGCCUGAGGACAAGUCCUCCGGCAGCGUGCAGCAGGGUCUCUGCAGCCUGCCUCUGGUCCUGGCAGGGCUCGUCCUGGCCCUCCUGGCUCUCUAUGCCAGAUAAGGGCCCACCAAGAACGGCGCGCGAGCAUUUCUGCCGAGAACAGGAAACCAUAGGAGAACAUUGAAAACGACACACACACACACACACACACACACACGCACACACACACACACACACACACACACAAAAUAAAGAGACCACCUUUAGGACUGUGGUGUGCCUGCCAGCUAGGAAAGACUGUCAAAGUUAUUAAUAUUGUAAUAACUUCACCUUAAUUCUUUUUAUUCUACAUUUUUUGGUCCAUAAAAAUGGACAUAUGCACAGCAGUGGGCUUCUCAACAGUGGUUCACCUCGUUUUUACUUUCAUGCCGACUGAUUCCUGCUCUCCCAGUUCAUUCACUGUUCACAGUACCACACGAUCAAAUGUUUUCGUUUCAUUUCCUUUUUUCCCUCCCAAAAGAGCUUUAGCGACUGGGUUUUCUGUGUGCGUGUGUUGGUAUGGAUGUUUGUGCCUUAUUUUGAGAGGGAGUCCAUUUUCCUAAGUUCGCUCAAUAAUUAAUUGAUGCAGCAGACACACUCACCGGAGACGGAUGGCCGUUCUGUGUGCUUGCUACUGUGUGCCUUCCUGUGUGGUACAGAUGUUGGUGAGCCUUAAGAACAAAAUCACUGUUCCUGGUGACGGUGAGGGCAUAUAAGGACCAAGCCAUCAAAGAUGACUUGGUAAUAACACAGAAUAGAACUGAUUUUUUUUUAUUUUUAUUUUUUUUUAUUUUAUUUUUUUUUUUACAAAGGCUGUGUGUAUGUAUAUUACUAUCAAUUCUAUCACAGCUCCCUUAUCAAACACAUUUUCUUUAGGGAGCCCAUAAUUGUAGAAUGCUGCCUUUUUAUCAGAAAAUGAGUAGAAACUGUCUGGUUUAAUGACAUAUUGGGAAGGUUUUUCCAUUGAUCUGAAUGCUGAUUGGGUUGAUGAAAGACCUGUUGUAGGUUCACUGCUAGUGAACUGUAUCAGGUGUAGACUGUUGUACACACAUACGACCUGUUUGUUCAGCUUUAAUCAUCCAGGCAUGUCUAUGCACAAACGUGAGCGAAAUGUUCAUGGGCCUUCGCAGAGAACUUAACGAAUUCCACCUGGUCAGGGUGUACAUGGUGCAUCAGUGUAUCAUUUAAGAGUUGAGUUUGAGAUAUGGAAGAAUAAUGAUGAAGUUAACACAGGGUUUUUAUGUGGAUUUUUUUAAAUAAAGAAUUUUAUUGCAAGGUGUAAAUCUAUAUAUUGGGUACUACAGCAGAUUCUCUUAGGCCAGAAUGACGGUCCUGACUCAAGUGACGUGGAGUGGUUUCUGUACGUGUGUGUGUGUUUCUUUCCAACUGUUUGUCCCAUUGACACACUUAACCUUUUUGGGUCUAAGGCUGACCAGUAGGAGUGCCCCUUUUUUCAUACCUACUCAACCUGAGUGUUAUGACCGCAUUACAACAGCUCUGUUUCCACUGAACUGCAACCUUGGUACUUUGCCACUGUUCCUCACGUUGAACAGAGAGGGCAGUGUAUUGCACAAGCUGAUUAUAUCGUACAUUUUUGUGGCUUGUGGAGUGUUCUUUGGCUUCACGAUCCGCUUGCCUGUACAUGUGAGUUUUGUUUCGAUGACUGUCGAGUACUGAGUAUUUCACCCUCCUCUCUGAAUGGCUCCCUCUUCUCUCUUGUACAGUAAGUUAUUUAUAACUGCAUGUCUCUCUUAAAUGCUUUUACAGACAUGAUCUCACAUAUUGCUUUUAUAGAUAUUCUAAAGUACAAUAUUCAAAAAAUGUAUUUAUAUCUGUAGAUGGUUGCAUUUUAACAAUUUCAUACCUGAUUUUAUAUUGGCUUUGAAUUUCACAAUAUGUAAGGCUUAGAAUUUGUAAACCAGUGUACCAUUUUGUCUUUCCUUUUUCUUCUCCAAUAGAAUUAAAUAUGGGGUGAUGAAAUGUCUGCAGAGUGAAGGAUUGGGCUAGCCAGGGGUUCUUCAGUGUCCUGACGUCAUAUGCACUUUUAAUUUCCAUUUAACAUACACGCCACGUAGAUUGCUAGCUAGAUGCUUUUAAGCUGUUGAACUGUAUGACUUUUUACAAAGAGAGGCCCUUCAGUACCCAUGGUUAGAAGGCACACGGCAUAGAAGCACUGAAUACUUGGUGACGUAACGUGUGGUCUCUGUGUUCAUGUAUGCUUAAACAGAAGAAUAUCAAGUGUUCAGUGAUUUAUUUCCCCACAUCUGUUUUGUAUGUUUCAAGGCUUUUGUGUUUCUGUGUCUCACAGACAAUAAUCUGAUUUAUCCAU